UGGGGCAUACAGGUUCACACACACAGAGAGCCUGUGCAGGUACAUGUCUGCUGCAAUGAGGACAACACCAUGGGCGAUGGCUCUGGCCCUGGCCAUACUUCAUGCCACACUGUGUUGCGGUCAAUCAGAAAGUAAUUUCUUGAUGUACAACGCAAAUGUAAAUGACUGCCUAACGGGCUACAGGUAUCAUACUCUGAGGCUAACCUUCUGCGAUUCCGAACGACCGGGUCAGCAGUUCCGCUGGACGUCUAACGACCGCAUCCUAAAUGUUAACGCGAAAAGAUGUCUGGGAGCUGGGAGCAAAGCGGACGGCUCAGGCCUGCAGUGGUACAUCUGUGAUGAAACAAGUGAACUCCAAAAGUGGGUGUGCAAGAAUGACACACUAUUAAAUCUAAAGGGGACAAAUCUUUUCUUAUCUCAGGAUGGUGAAAAUCCAAAGCUCACCCAAGACAUUGGAGCUGCUAGUCAGUGGUUAAUACAUGGCACUACAGAGGGCCUUUGCUCACAGCCAUACCAAGAACUCUACACAAUUGGGGGUGACGCCUAUGGUAGUCCAUGUCAUUUUCCGUUCAAGUACCAGGGAGAAUGGUACUCAGACUGUACCCUAACCCAACAGUAUACAUCAGAACCCCGUUUGAUUUGUUUGACUGACAGGGACUACCCAAAUAAGUGGGGCUUCUGCCCCACUAAAUCAACUAAGGACUGGAAGGAAAAUCCAGUGACUGGCGUCUUCUACCAGGUCAACGUAAACUCUGCCCUCACUUGGCACCAAGCCAGGAGGAGCUGCCAGCAGCAGGAUUCAGACCUGCUGAGUAUAACUGAGCCCCAGGAGCAAACCUACAUAUCAAGUGACUCAAAGUGUUUUUUUCUCUCCAUAAUCAGUGGGCUUUAUUACCCAUUGCAGUACAGCAAUACGACUCCUGUAUUUUCUCAAUAUGACACAGUGACUCCUUGACCAUCAAAACAUAGGGGUAGACAUCACCUUUUCUGUGUUACCAUGUUUGGUUCAGGAGAUACAGUAUGAGGCAAAAUACAUAAUUCGUUAAUGGCGGAAAGUAAAAUGGCCGCCACGAGGCGUUUUCGCGAUGGCUCCAUCUCUAAAAAUGUUCAGGGCCCCAAACUGUACAAGUGUACCAAGUUUCAUGCUUUUAUGAAAAAGUGAACGAUUUUUUCACAUAUCACCUGGACUAUAAUGUAGAUUUCUCCAUUUCCCUAUUUGCUAAAAUACCAGAUUUGUACACCUAUGUGAGUAUUGUGUGUGUGUCUGUGUUUCGCACAUGGAGUUAUUCAUCAUUACCAGACACACCAAAGACAAGGUUGAGUCAUUGUUAACCUGAAUAACACUGAUAAAAUGUGAACAUGCACAGCAAAAACUUGGAAACGUUUCCCUAGUUCAGCAAGCAUGUUGAUUUCACAAGAGCAUCAACCACAACAAAAUGCUGACAAUGAAACUUUCCAUCCUAAAGUUAUGCAGCAGCAGAACACUAAGUCAGUUCCAAGUCAUGAAAGAAGAGGAAUGCCGGUGCA